AUGCCUCUUAUAAGUGAAUAUCACGACUCUCUGCCAUACAUCGACGCAGAACCUUCACCUCAGGCGCGAGCAGCUGCAGAGAAGCUUAUCUCCGCUGAAAUCCCCGCAAAUGCCUCAUCCUCGCUUCAUCCAUCUAUCCCCAUGGUCCCCGAGCCAAGAUUCUCCCCGCUCAUCCAGCAGGAACUCGAUCGAAAGGCUGCUGGAUUACCACUAACUGGCGGGAUCGACCUAUCCCGUUAUGAAGCUCCAGAACCACCCUCCCGAGCAUCCGAUGCGGAGACAGAUUAUGGGGCAUAUCUCGAUGAAUGGCGCCAAACGCUUCAGAGGGCUUACACGUCCAGUUCUCAUUUGUCUAUGCGACAGGAGAACCUGACUCUGCUUGAGGAAAAUGGUAAAAAUGCCUGGCUGAUCGGCAACUCGCAAUUGGAGGAUAUUUUACGAGACCUUGAGAGGAAAUUGACACAAGUGAAAGAAUCAACGGAGGCUGUCAACAAGCAAAGGAAAAUUGCCCAGGAGACCAGGCAAGGAGAACUUGCGGGGUUGGAGGAUACUUGGAAACGCGGGGUUGGAGCGAUUCUAGACGUGGAGCUUGCUGCGGAGGGCCUGCGAAUGCAGAUCCUGGAACGGAGACGAGAGCUUGCCGGACAAAUUUCACGCCAAUGA